AUGAAAGACCAAACGAAGACGGAAAGCGGUGACAGUUUGCGAGAAAUGUCGCAAGGCGAAGUCAACAAGUCCAAAGAUGGCAAAGGUAGUAAUGAAGGUACCGGAAGCAAUGAGAAAAUGCCUGGAUCAAAGGAAAAAAUAGGGAUUAAUGAAAAGGGCAAAAGCAAAGAUAAGCAGAAAAAGAAGGCAAAGUCGGCCAAACGGUCCAAAAGUAAAGAGAGAACUCCGGCCAAUAAGAGGAAAGGUAAGAUUUUAUAAUCGAAAGGUAAGGAAUGGUAAGUGAACGGUCGAAUAUUAUAAGAUCAAGAUUCUAUAAGGUCCGGCCGUUCACUGCGGAGAAAAGUAUGUUUCAAAGCGGCCGAACUUAAUUUAUCUUAAGAAGUAUGUAUGACAACAUUACUACUUUCAGUCUCAGGCAAAUCGAUUGAAGAAGAACCUCAAAUCUUUGAGCAAUCUCAAGAUGAAGAUGAGAAAAAGGCCAAGAAUAACUCCUACCAAACGAUGAUAAGCAACGAAUUGAAAGCUCUACAACAAAAGUCCUGGUACCACGGUCUAAUGCCUCGAGACGAAAUUGAACACAUUCUAACUCAUGACGGUGAAUUUUUGGUUCGAAAAACAGAAGUUGGCAAAAAAGAGGCUCAAAACGAACGAUUGACAUUGUCAGUACGAUGGAAGAAUCGAGUACGACAUAUUGUGAUCAAGUUGAACAAGGAAAACAAAUGGGCAUUUUUAAGCGAUUGUGGGUUCGAAACUGUAGAGAAAUUGAUCAGUUUUUAUGUGGUAAGUAGUUUUAAAAUGAUUUUAUACACGUUAACGAAAUGUCACAAAUUUAUUGGAAAAGGUGACGAAGUGUCACAAAGUUAUUGGAUUUUAAGACGAAAUGUCACAAAAAUAUAGGAUUUUUCGUUUCAUUAAAAAUUUUUUAAAUUUUAAAUGUGGUUUAAAAACUAAAAAUAAAUUUUAUCAAUUUUUAAAAUUUUAGGUAACAAUUCUUAUUUUAGGCAGCAAAAGGAGAGAUCCAAUCAGAAGGCACCAAGCUCUUGACUCCAGCCCCACGACCAGAGUGGUACCUACUGCACGAACAAAUCAAGACCAAAAAGAAGUUGGGUAAUGGACAUUACGGUGAGGUCUACCUCGGCGAACUUCACAUGGACGACAAAGUAUCGGAAGUGGCGGUGAAAAUGCUCAAGGGCAAGAUGGGAAAAAGAGAGCGCACCGAGUUGAUGAAAGAAGCCGCGAUUCAACGAAAACUCAGGCAUCCAAAUGUGGUGGGGCUGCUGGGAAUUGCACCAACCGAAGAACCGUUUAUGGUGGUUAUCGAGUUUUGUCCCGGAGGCGAUUUAAAAGGUCAUCUGAAGAAUAGCCAGAAGGAGGAGCCGUUUUUGGUAUUGAAUAAGUAUGAAUUUUACUCUUUUCGAUAUGAUUUUAAUCUUCAAAACAGUUUUUAAAAGUUUGACGAAAUGCCACAAAUUUAUUGGAAAUAUAGACGAAAUGUCACAAAAUUAUCAAUUUUGGUAAUUACAGUUUGGCCGUUUUUUAAAAUGAUUUUUAGGUACGUUGUUGACAUAGCGAAAGGAAUGGAGUAUCUUCAUGGACUGGAGAUUAUUCAUCGUGACUUGGCAGCUAGAAAUUGCUUAUUGACAGCCGACUUUUGCGCCAAAGUCUCGGACUUCGGGUUGUCGGUGAAGAAAAAUGAAAUUAAGGAACAAAAGUGAGUUGUAUUUUAGUAUGCCUUACCGUACUGUAGCAUACCGUGACCUACACUACCAUAAAAUAUUCUACCAUAAUGUGGCCUACACUAAUCUACCACACCUUACGCUACCAACCUAUACCCUACCCCACUCUAUCAUACUGUAACCCUACCCUACCUUAUCCUACUUUACGCUAAUUCACCCUAUCUUACACUACCCUGUCCUACCAAAAUUUUUAUUCCAGGAAACAAAAAAUGGCAGUAAAAUGGCUAGCCCCAGAAGUGUUACGGUCCUAUACCUUCUCCAAAGCCACCGACGUCUGGGCCUUUGGCAUAGUAAUGUGGGAAGUGUAUACGAGAUGCCAAAAAGACCCAUACCCAGACAAAUCCAACGCCGAUGUGAGGAAAAUGUUGAUGGAGCUAAAGCAACGAAUGGACGUACCCACCGACCUACCACCACAUGUACAAGAGCUAAUGAAGGAAUGUUGGGCAGAAAAGCCGUACGAUCGGCCGUCGAUGAAGGAUGCGGUCGUGGUGCUGAGUGGUGGAAUGCAGUUCAUUCCAAAGCAGAUGAAGGCUGUUUACAACAAGUUUUUCAAUUGA